GUUCUGGAAAGCUGCAAUUCCAACUUUUAAUAUGUGAUGGUACGUACUUAUCCAAGUAAGUGGAGAAAAUUCCAUCACAGUCCUGAUUUGUGCCGCCUUGGUGGUGGAAAGAUUUUGGGGAAUUGAGAGGAAUAGCUGAAAUAAAAUGAGUUCCAGUUUUAAUGACCUGAUCUGCUAGGUGUAACAUUCUGUUGAGGUUGCAUUGUUGAAUCAGAUGACAGAACAGAACUCUGAGAGGGCCAUGUUUGAUUUUACUGUCCUCUGUCAUGAAGAUUUGGGACCAUUAUGUCCAAAUUGGUUUGAAGAACUUAGUUUGUCAGCUUCUUCUAACCAGCUUAAACAACCUAGAGAUGAUGCCCGUUGCUUUACAUCAAGUUAUUUCAAAACACCAUGGCAGAAGCAGACUUUGUAUAGCCAGCUAGAUUGCACUCCAUCAGUUUUCAGUGGUCUGACUUCAAUAACCCCCUCAGUAUCCACCCCAGAAAAAGGGAAUGAUCAAACAUGCUUGAAAAGAGGAACCAGUAGUUAUCCUGCUGUGGCACAAAGAAUUAUACAUCCAUACAAGACAACAGAUAACGGCACCUCAAAUCCAACCUCUGAUAUUUCUUUAAUGAAAAGCCCUGCUGUCUUGCAUAAUACAUGCAAGACUCCACAGCAUCCUUACUCUGUCCAAGAUGAUGGAUGUUCAUUUUUUAGCCCCCCAGUAUCAUAUGAGGUCAUGUCAAAGCAGAUUCCAGAAAGCCUUGGAGCAGAGCUGGAUCCUGACAUGUCUUGGACGAGUUCAUUAGCAACUCCUCCAUCGUUGAAUCCAACCGUUAUUAUAUGUAAAGCCAAAGAAAAUGAUUUGCACCAAGACAAGCCAAAAGAAGUACAAGUGCCUUUGCUUUUACACAGCAAUUUAAAUAGACAAAGCAAUGCAUUUGCUGUUGGUUUAAACAGUGCCUGUGCAAUGCCUGUAAUUGGGGAGGAGGAAAAUGAAGAAGUGGAAGCUGUUGAUCAGAGAUAUGUACCUGAAGAUGGCCCAGAUAGUGUACAUAACAAUGGCACAAGCUAUGAAGAUAGAAAGCUGUAUAUUUCUACCACUCUGCCUGAUGGAGCAAUGUCUUUUUCUGAGACUACACAUUUAGAACUGAGAAAAGUGAAAUCCUAUACUAGAAAGAGAAAGAAAAACUCUACAGUUGGCAAUUUUCAGACAAACAGUAUUAAAACUUUACUAUCUCCCUCUACUGAUGAAAAGGGCUCCUCGGAGAGCAUUAUGGCUGAAUCAAGCUCCAACAUGGUUUUUAGUAACUUUACUCUUGGUCCAGUUAAAGAGUGCAAUAUGAAACAGCUUUUUUUGAAUAAAAACGCUGUAAAUCAAAACCAGAGUCCUGAUGCUCAUCCAUGUGACAAAGGUUCAGAGAAGGAAUUAUCAGGUCAUAAUAUAACUUCUUCAUCUGACUGGUCACAACUAAAUCUAUCAGAGCUUGAGGAGAACCAGAUGAUUGAUGGAUACUCUGGCAUUGUGGAUUCUUCUACAGAUGCACUGUGUUUGAAAAAUGUGGGUGAUCUAACAUUUAGUACAAAUGAAAAUGCUAAUGAACAGCAACUAGAUAAUGCUUCAGAAGAAGACAUUGAUAAAGGAUCUAGUUUUGUACCCUGGGAAGAGAUGAGUCCAAUAGUGCAGCUGUCAACCUCUCAUUCGUUAACAGAUCAAGUAACAAAGAGUCUUUUUAAUCAUUGUGCGGUUGCUAAUAAAUUUAUCACAGUUGAUGAAAGCACAAAGAGUUCUGGAGCAGAAGUGAAAGCUAGUACUCCAAAUCAUUCUUGUAGUAAAAUGCAAUUGUCAAAACUACCCAUUCCUGAAAUUCCCUACACAGAUUGUUUUAAAAUUGGUGAUUCAACAGAAAUUCAACCACUUAUUGAGGGAUGGAUGGAUUCAGGUUCAGAAACUGUUGCAACAAGACGACUUCCCUUUUGCAAGGAUGCAAUAGCACAGAUGAACAAGAGAAUUAACCUUGAACAUAAAACAAAUCUAAUGAAGCCAUUGGCUACUUUGGAAGAUCAGAAAGUCACUUUUGUAGACUCUGUCAGUGACAAUAUGCCCAUUCAACCUGCUGUAGAUUCAAGAAUGCUCAGUGAUGGUGUUUACAGAGUGACAGAUCCAGAAACCGUUAAAAGUAUCUCACUGGCUCUGGAUUCAGUAAAAUGUCAAGUGGAUGAUGAAGACCAUACUUUCUUGCUUUCCAGUCUGAAGGGACGUCCACGGAAAUUCCUUUACUCUGUGACAGACCCUUCAAAUCGUCAAGCGCAGAACAUAUCUUUAGACACAACUGAAUUACAAAAUAGAAUACCGAUUCUUCCUUUGGCACUGGAGCCUUCCUACAAAUCAUCUGCCCAAAAAUCUGGAAAGCAGCUGAAGUCUGUGCCAGCUACUUACAAAGAAAACCAGGAAGCUACCAGUACCGAAUUUGUUCCUGGCAUUGAUCUCUCUGAAGCCAGUGAGGCACAUGACACUGAAGCAAAUAAAAACUUGCAGCACAAUCAUCAGUUUCCUAAGGAUUCUGACCGUGUAGAAAAUGAAGUAGUGCAUCAGCAUUGUAAAGAUGAAACUGUUGAUAAAUUAUCAGAUGCUUCUAGUAAUGGCAAGAAUUGGGAUCAUUUUGUGACGCCACUUAACAGCAGACCUGUUUCUUGUAACAGGAGAGAGCGUAGAAUUUUUGCCACAGCUUGUCACACAGUGGCUAAAAGACUAACUAUGGAAUCUAAAGUGAUGUUGACUAAUAGGUCUAGUGCCCAGGCUGAAGUUGCUGAGGACAGUUGUGUAUUUUCAGUUGUUAACUCUGUUCAACCAGAGAAGGCAUGUGUAAUUGAAAACAUAGUUGUACCGAAUAGGGGGAGAUCUUAUUUUGAGUUCAGAUUGUCACCUUUAUCUGAUGUAAAUCGAACUGCUCCACAUCAUGAUUGCAAUAAAACAAAACUUCAAGGGAACACGAUUAUCUGCAAUGAGCUCGACAGUAAUUUUCCGUUCAUACCAGUUUCUACACAAUUAUCAACCAAGCAACUAUCGUGCACUUCAAUUAUAUCUCGUACGGUAUCAUCUCACUCCCCCUGUAUUGCUAAUGUUUUGCACAAAACAAAGAAACUUUUCUAUAAUCUUAAAAAAUCUAAGAGAACUUUGAAAAAAAAGGCUGGUCUGUGUGAAUCUCAGCAACUAGAGUCUAAAGAAAAUAAUGAGAUAUCAACUUGUUUGAGUAAAGAGAAACAUUUUGAGGGAAGUCUUGCUGUUGACAAGGAAUUGUCAAAUGAAGAUCAGAGACUUGACUUAUAUACUUUUGUAGAAGCUGAAAAGAGAGAAUGUUCUGUUAAUACAGAUUUCCACAUUGAUGAUAGAAAAAUUGCACUGUUGGCAUCCACUUUGAAGAGCAGAAAAUUGAUUGCUGAUGUAGACAAUGAUGCAUUCUUGACUUCUUCAGAACCUGCAUUAGUACAAUCUUUGCCAGAAUGUGAAACAAAAUAUAUGGAAAGUACUUUUACAGGAACCAAGAUAAUACCAUGCGACAUACCAUGUUCCAGCAUAUCUGAUCUUGAAAUGACUUUAAACGAAUCCUCCGAGCUAACAGAGGGAAGUAUGAAUUCACAUAAAGAAACAAGGGCAUCUCUUUCUGCAUCUAUCAUUGAAACAGAAUUGUAUGAGUUUGCUCAAAUUACCCAACCUUCACAUUGCGUUGUACCAGUACAAGAAAAGAACACAAGUGGAUUGGAAUUGAAAUUACAGAAUGCAGAAGCUGAUAUCAGUUCAAUGACUACAAUAAAAGAAAUUUGUACUGUUUCAGAAAACACACAAACCCCACUCAUAUCUGGACAUGCUGAAUCUUGUAAACGUGGGCCCAAUUGCAAUUACUUCAAAACUGCUGAGCAGCACACAGAUUUAUCUGCUGAAAUCAUUUCCAAAGGGAAGUUGCUCAAAAAAUUUGAAAACGAGGGCUUAGAAAUAAACUCUGCACAGAAAGUUAGCGUUGAAUGUAUCACUUCAAAAAAUAGAUUUAGGAGUCAAGAAAGUAACAGUCCAACAAUUUCUUCAGUUAAAGCAGAGGUUAAGACCGAAUCUCCUGAACCCAAAGUUGCCACAGAAAAUGUUAAACAACCCCCACUUGCCUUUGUAAAAGCACAAACCUUUGAAUCCUCUGCGUUCUUAUCUCAGUCAAAAUUGCUUGGGAAAUACACUUGUUUGACAGCUAGUCAAACAGAACCUACAGAAUUAUUUAGCAUUUUAGAGGAUGCAGGUGGCCAGUUUGAACGUAUGCAGUUAAGAAAUCAAUCUGCAGUUGAUGUAACAAGCAAGGAUACCAACCUGAUGAUUAGUGAGCAUUUGGGUCACACUCCCCCAGUUCCUAUUUUGGAUAGUUGGAAGGAUACUGAUUUUGGUAAAAGUUUGGACAUUGAGCCUUCAGUGCUGUUGACCAGUAAGCCAUGUAACUCGCAACAGCAAGCAGAGUCCUCAAACACAGAAACUAGAUCUAAAAUCUAUCAACAGAAUACAGAAGGAAUAGAGCAAACCAUAUCAGAUAAACUUGCUGAUUCCUUUGUUGUCUUGAGCAAUGAAGAGAGAAAAAUUGUAUCAUUUGCAGUACCAAAUUUCCAUACAGAUUCUAUGGAACUUGCCUCAAACACUGUUAAAAUGAAAUCGGCUACAAUACUUGAUCAAGCAAUUCCACCCCUGAAAGAUAAAGUGAGUUUUAACAACAGUGAAUAUGCCGGUUUUUGUGCAGCAAGUGGGAAUAAGAUAAAGCUCUCUGUUGAAAGUCUGAAAAAAGCAGCAAACAUUUUCAGGGACAUUGACAAUGAUCAAACUAUUGCUCGGAUACAUACAAUUAAAGGUUCAGACUAUUUAGGAGAAUGUUCCGUCAACGAGUCUGAAAAAGUAACUGAGGAUAAAUUAAAUGAUGUUCAAAAAACAGUAAAAACUAAUGAGUCAUACCAGCUGUGUGGAGCCCAUGACAAUCGUUUCACUGUGAAUACUAAAAGUAAUGGGGCUAGUAUCUUGAAAAGUGAGAGUAAAAUUGAGAACAGUGAAAGAAAAAUAAGUGGCUUUCAGUCAGUAGGGAGCAGGAGAUUCACUAUAUCUGAAGAAGAAACUCUGGAUAAAACAAUAUAUUUGACUACUGAGCAAAAUGUCUUGCAUAAACCUGACACCAAGGACAAAGAGAAACCUAGUACAAUUAGAAAUACCGUUUGGGAAAAGAAUGCAUGGCAACCUGGCUACAAUGGUGCAAAAGACAAUGGGAACAACAAAUUGGCUGACAGUAAAAUGAAGUUUGCAGAUGAUUAUUUAUUGCAAACAACUUCAGUUGGUCACUUCAAACCCUUUAAAGCAUCAGCUAUUGAGAGCGCUGGUGAAGUAAAGUGUUUUCAGACUGCAAGUGGUAAAAGAGUCUCAGUCUCCAAAGGAAACCUGGAUAAAGCAAAAAGUUUGCUUGAGGUUGAAGAUUGCUGCAGUGAAAACAGGCAAAACUCAAAGCUGCCUACAGGAAUAGCAAAAAAUAUACCUCAACAACUUGAUAACAUGAAUACUUUUCAUAGCCAUGUGGAAAAAAAUGAUGUUAAUAUGCAAUUGGGUGAUCAAACAGGGAGUAGUCAGACGGUACUAAAUGUUUCGGUUUGUCCUGCGUUUAUUGUUCACAGCAAGAACAGCAUCUCUGAGGAUACCAAUUCGAUUCAAAAUAAUUCACUGUUUGCUACUGUAGGCACUGUAAUGAAAGGGUUCCAAACUGCUAGCGGUAAGAUGGUUCCUAUGUGCAAAGCAUCUCUUGAUAAAGCAAAAACUUUAUUUGCUGAGGAAGACCUAUUAAAUAAAACUACAAAACAUACAGACAAAAAUGUUUCAACAGAAUCUCCUUGUACACAUACUUGCCCACAAUUAAUUCAUAGUGGAAUAAAAAGUGUAGUGAAGAAACAGUUGGAAAAUGACCACAGUCUUGAAAUACUUCAUCCUUUUAAUCUUAAAAGUCACGGCAAGUUGCAUGAUUUUUCUGUUCAAAGUGAACAUGUGUCUGAGUUUACGAAUUUGAACAAUGGUACAGAAAUGAAAGGUUUCCAGACAGCUAGUGGCAGAAAAGUUAAUGUGUCAAAGAUAGCUUUAGAUAAAGGAAGGGCUUUGUUUUUUGAAGAGGACUAUAAUAAAUUGAGAAUUCAAGAUAAUUUAAUAUCAACUGCAAAAAUUAAAAAUGCACUUUCUGAGGACAAUGUUUUAAAUGAUAGUGAAGCUAACCUUCCACAGAGGUUAGAUAUGAAAAACCAAAUGACCAGUUUUCCAGCUAAGCAACCUUCAGGAUUCUGUAUUGAAAACGGUAACAUUGUUUCAGUAAGUGACACAAACUUGAAAUAUGUACAAGAGAAAUGUCCAGCUGAUGAACCUGAGGAAAGUGCAAAUUCAGUUUCAAAUGUUAAUCAAGGUGAUUUUGCUGGCGAUGUAUCUGAGCCUUCUCAACAGUUACUUAAAAGUGGAUCUAUUGCCUUUAGCACAGCAAGUGGAAAGUCUGUAUGUGUUUCAGAAGAAUCAUUAAAGAAAUGCAAACAUUUCUUUAAUGAAGUAGGAGUUGAUGAAAAAUUUGUCACAGGCGAAGAUUUGAAAUCUAAGGAAAGCAGACUCUCCGAAGAAACAUGGCGUUCUGAUAUCCCCAGUGCAAAGACACCUCUUGGUUUCAACACAGCAAGUGGAAAGGCGGUCCUUGUUUCUCAUGAUGCACUUCAGAAAGUUAAGCAUGUGUUAAAAGAAUUUGACAUGAGUGAUGGUUCUUCAAUUAACCCAACAUACUCAGAACAGACAUUUUAUGAAAAACCUCAGCAGUUACCAUUAACAUCUUCAUCACUGUUCCAAAACACUGCUAUGAGCAGUAAACAAGCAUGUGAAGAAGAGAGUUCAGAAUUGAUUCACAAAGUAUCAAAUGACUGCACAGAGAACAUUUCAAUCGUGCAAAAUCCUGCCCAAGUAGAGUCAAGUGGAAGAGAGAUUAACAGACCUACAAGAAAUUUGACAGCAUCGACAAAUAAGAGUGUUUUCUUGUCUGGAUUUCAAACAGCUGAGGGGAAAGAAGUAAUGGUAGAAGAAAGUAGUUUAACUGCAGCAAGAAUGUAUCUGGCUUCAGUUGAAAAUGAUAAUUUGGACCAUACUACUGAGAGAGUUAAUAUGCACAUUGAAAGAAGAAUUGAACCGACUUGCAACAUAAAUAAUGUAACUACAUCUAUAGUGCGUGCAUUGGAGAGCAAUCAUGGCACAUAUGCCAAAAUGCUAGAAAAUGACAUGGAAAAAGAGGCUGUGAAGGAUUCAAAGGCCCUGAUGGAAGAUGAUGAACUUUUUGCUAUUACACCAGGCAAGGCAUUUAGACCAACCUAUGAUGGCACCUAUCAAUCCAUUAGACCAGAUUUAAGAACAGGAAAAAGACUGAGAUCAGAUGGAAAUACUGCAAGAGAGCAACCUCUACCAAAAAGACAGCUCCUAUCGGAAUUUAACAGAACCAUACACAGUGAUCAAAAAGUUGCAUUCCAACCUUUAAUAUGUAAUCCUGAAGGAGUACUUCGUGAUCGAAGGAAAUUCAUGUAUAGUGUUCCAUUGAAACCUGUCAUCUGUGGCCCACCUAAAGACAAAAGCAUUUCAAAUAGAAUUCAUCAACAGUCAAUUUCUCCCAAUGUCACAUUCCCUGCCCAAGAAAAUUCAAUUCAGCAUAAUUUAUGCCUUCAACAUGAAGUCAAGCCACUUAAAGGACAAGCUGCAGUAUUCAAACCUCCAUUCCAAAGGCACUCAGGUUGUAUUCAACAGAACAGCAGUAGACAGAGUACAUCAAAGCCAGCCAAAGUUUUUGUUCCACCUUUCAAAACAAUUCCAACUUCUUCUCAAAUGGAAACACAAGAGUAUGUGAAAAUUGUUAGUUCUCCAGUGCAAACUGAAAUUGGGAUUUCUAUGAAGGCCACUAACUGCAAUAAAAUUUUCCAAGAUGAUGGCACAUUAAAAGACGAUAUGGUGAGAGUUAGAUGUGUUGAAGACAAACUCCAGUCAGUGUCUGAUACUACAGAAGAACUUCAGGCCAAUGCUGAAGGUUUCUCAAGGAUAGUUCAGAAUUGGAGUUGUGCAAGGGAUCUACAGGAAAUGAGAUUAAUAAAGAAACGAAGGCAAGCUAUUCAUCCACUGCCAGGGAGUUUGUACAAGACUAAAACCUCUGGUGCACCAAGACUAUCUCUGCAUGCAGCAGUUGAAGGGAAAGUUCCAAAUUCUUUUACAGAAGAACAGUUAUACGUUCAUGGAGUCAGCAGAAGUACUCUUGAGGUACGAGCAGAAAAUGCAGAAUCCUUCCAGAUCAACUGUCGAGAAUUUUUCAGCGAGGAGCUGUUUAAAGCUGGCAAUGGAAUGCAACUUGCAGAUGGGGGAUGGCUUAUACCUGAUAACAAUGGAAUGGCAGGAAAAUCUGAAUUUUACAGAGCUCUCUUAGAUUCGCCUGGUGUAGAUCCCAAGUUAAUCAGUGAAGUUUGGGCCUACAACCACUACAAGUGGUUAGUGUGGAAAUUUGCAGCUAUGGAGACAACUUUCCCCAAAGAGUUUGGUGGCAGGUGCCUAACACCAGAAACCAUACUUCUGCAUCUUAAAUACAGGUAUGACAUAGAGAUUGAUCAGUGUCAUCGACCUGCCUUAAAAAAAAUUAUGGAGAGGGAUGAUGUAGCAGCAAAAACACUUGUGGUUUGUGUUUCUCGAAUAAUAUCAAUGGGAACAAAAUCAUUCCAAAAUAACCCUAAUCUCGCUGGUGUGGAUAAACAGUCCAAAACUGUAACUGAAAAGAGCGUCAUAGAAGCAACGAAGCAUAUGCCCUUAGGAGUUAUUGAAGUCACUGAUGGAUGGUACGGAAUUAAGGCACUUCUGGAUCUUCCACUCACAUCACUGUUACAAAAAAAAAGACUUGUAGUUGGUCAAAAGAUUAUUGUUCAUGGGGCAGAGCUAAUUGGGUCACAGGAUGCUUGUACACCUCUUGAAGCUCCAGAAUCACUCAUGCUAAAGAUUUCAGCUAACAGCACCAGACCUGCUCGAUGGUAUGCAAAACUAGGAUUUCAUCGUGACCCUCGACCGUUCCCAUUGCCAAUAUCUGCCCUGUUCAAAGAAGGUGGAAUGGUUGGAUGUGUUGAUGUCAUUGUUGUUCGAAUUUACCCCAUGCAGUGGAUGGAAAAGAAACCCAAUGGAAUGUAUGUAUUCCGGAAUGAACGGACCGAAGAGCGAGAAGCUCAGAUACACUACGAGAAUCAACAGAGGAAGCUAGAAGUGUUAUAUGCUAAAAUUGAAACUCAAAUACAGGAACAAUUCGGAGUUGACAGAAAGAAAAAGAGAGAACACAAAAUACAGAAAUUAAGUGACCAACAAAUCAUGAUGCUCCAGGAUGGUGUAGAUUUGUAUGAGGCAAUCCAAAAUUCUUCAGAUCCAUCUGUUGAGGCCUAUUUGAACGAACAACAGUUGAAAGCUCUGAAUAAUUACAGACAAUUGUUGAAGGAACAAAAACAUAUCCAGUUUGAAGCAGAGUUCAGAAGAGCAUUAGAAGGUGAUCAGAGUGAAAAUAGCUACACAAAAAGGGAUGUUACACCUGUGUGGAAACUGUGUGUUGUGGACUACAAAAGUCAGGACCGUAAUGCAGCCUAUAUGUUAAACAUCUGGCGCCCAAUUGCUGACCUACAUUCCCUGCUGAAGGAGGGUGGAAGAUAUUGGAUUUAUUAUUUGACAACAUCAUCAUGCAAGAGUCGGCUAAGUCAUGCUGGUCUGCAGUUGACUGCUACAAAGAAAACUAGGUACCAACAGCUACAGCCAUCUCUCAAGGUGUUGGAGCAACUCUACCAACCUAGGCAAGCAGUGACCUAUAGCAUGCUCCUUGAUCCAUUGUUUGGAGCUGUCUGCAAAGAGGUGGACCUAGCAGGAUAUGUGAUCCACAUCUUGGGAAAAUCAGGUGCGCCUACAACUCUGUACCUGGCUGAUGAAAAUCAGAAUCUGAUAGCUGUGAAGGUUUGGGCAGGUUUAAGUCAGUUGGCUUUGGAAGAUAUCAUCAAGCCAAGUACCUUAGUUGUUGCAAGCAACUUACACUGGACAUCGGAUAGCUGCAAGGGUAUACCUAUAUUGUUCACUGGGGAUCUUUCUAGCUUUUCUGCUAAUCCAAAAGAAGGACAUCUACGAGAAAAGUACUCUCAACUAAAAAAUUCUGUGCAGAAUCUGCAGAACUUUAUCAAAGACACUGAGGAAAAGGUGAUGACUAUGCUUGAAACAUUAACUACUCCAAGGUCGUCCAGAGAUUUUGGUGCUGAUGCACUUGCUCCUACCCAAAGGAAGUCCAACUUUGUUCCAGUUAAUAGCACUGUGCAGCCUACUUCAUCGGAUGGUGAAAGUAAGCUACGGACACUUUCAGCAGCUGGAUCCAGACCUGCAUUACGUAGUACUAAAAUUACAUCUGAUGAUUCCCUCACAAAUUUGAAGAAAAAAAAGCUUAGCUUUUUGUCUCGGAUUCCUUCUCCUGUUCCAUUGUCUCCCCUUUGCAAUUCUGUUUCACCAGCUGUACAGAAAGGGUUUAUACCACCCAGGAGAUGUGUCACACCACAAAGCCGUGAAGAAACAAUUCAAACUGAAAGUAAUAAACUUUCCCAGGUGUCCUCUUUGAAGAGGACUGAAAUUUCCAAAAUAGUUGAAGAUAAUUGGGUUACUGAUGAGGAACUUGCAAUGAUAAACACUCAGGCACUUCGUGAAGGUUGGGCUAACGUGCACUGUGAAAGUGAGAAAGGAACGUUUACAAAGGGACAAAUUAUCAGUUCCAAGGCCAUUACCUUAUUAUCUGAAAAUGUUAAAAAUCAUCUUGACAUUGAUCUUGGGUCUCAAAUUUCCAAACUAGGUGAGGACAACUGGGUUACAGAUGAGGAACUUGCAAUGAUAAAUACACAGGCACUUUUUGAAGGGUGUGCUAAUAGGAGCAGUGAAAAGGACGGAGGAAAGGUUCAAAAAUCACACAUUGUCAAUACUACAGAUGUUGUCUUACUGCCGCAAAAUUCUAGUUAUCUUGAUAGUGAAGUUGGGAACAAAGUUUUCAAAAUUGUUGAAGAUAAUUGGGUUGCAGAUGAAGAGCUUGCACUGAUAAAUACUCAGGCUCUUUGUGAAGGUUGGGUAAAUGGAAGCAGUGAAAAUAACAGGGCCAAGAUUGACAAGGCGCAAGUUGUCAGUUCUAAUGACACUACCUCAUUGCAACAAAAUGUUAAAAUGUAUCUUGACCAUGAACUUGAGACAGUCAUUGCUUCGCCAGAUAGAAGUCCACCUGUUGAAUCACAGUCCAAAAGGAGAUGUAAAAAUGAAGCUAGUAUGGUAAAUUCAAGUGAAGACACUAGUCAGUCUGAAAGAACUGUCACUGCACAAAACAAUGAUGGUGACAAAGCUGCUGUACAGGAUGGGGAUAAUUUAGACAACAAGCAGGUUUUGUCUCAUAAACUGCAGAAGAACAGAAAUAAAAUUUACUGAUAACUGAGGUUAUUUCUUUUUUCACUGCAUUUGAGUAUUUGGGUGUAAACUAGAUACAUGUAUUGUUGGCACUCCCAAUUAGUACAUUUAAAAGAUUUGUAAAUGCAAUUGUACCGGUUUUGAAUAAACUAUUUUCUUUAUA